AUGCUGCAGGCAACACUGGCUGCCCGGCUGUUCUCGAAGCCGAUUGCGCAGGGGUACGUGGCGCAGCUGCCAAGGCCGCAGCCGGGGCCUAAGGGGCGUGCCUGGAUGCGGGCGAUGGAUGCCAACAGUGACGUGCGCGACUUCUACACUGCUGACGAGGAGCGCUACAAUACAUGGUACAGGGACACCUACGGCAUCGAAGACCUCUCCGACGGGUCGGCUGCGUCUGGAGCUGCAUCGAACCGGCUUCUGGACGACACCCGCAACAUGCAGCAGGCGGCAGAGGAGUACGACUUGCAAGCCGUAAGGGAGGAGCUCGAAUUCUGGGGUCAGGAGUUCCAGCACGUUACGCAGCUCCGCUAA